AUGCAAAACGGCAGCCCCGACGGCCCAUCACCCCACGAUGAAUUUGUAACUCCUGUGUCUCAUCCUGCACCCCGCGACGUGUCUGUUCUUGAGCAGUCAACCGAUACUGCCCCCCGCGAGUCAAUCCCUUCCGAGUCGAAAGACGAUGAAGUGGUCCAUCGGCCUGAAGGACCCCCGUCCAAGAAGCGGAGGCUAACGGAUUCUACCCCAUCGCGACACUCGACACCCCGGCCGCCCUCGCCACCUUGGAAGAAGGCCGGCGCUGAAGGUCCCACGUCUUUUCUCCUAGAGGGCAAACGCAGGUCUUCCCGCACCAACACGGUUCCUCUCGAUCUCCAGCCUCCGUCGGAUAAAAGACACACGCGAGCGGCCCAGCAAACUUCUAAAACCAAGAACGCUCGCGAUGGAUCAAAACCGGCCACGUCCUCGCCGUUGUCGGUGCGUGCGGAGGUCAACGGAAAGAUUGGUGGCAAGGUAAAUACCAAUGGAUCACCCAGGACGCUACCCAAGAAGGGCGCAACGAAUAAACAGCGAAGAGUAUCACAAUCACCAGCGCCUAAACCAACACAGUCACGCACGAGAUCCCGGAGUUCUGGUGCCCUUCAUCAACCGGUCGAUGUGACUUUGAAUGGCACCAGCCCUCGUCCUCUUCGCGAUCGCAAAUCCAUCUCAACGACUUCUCUCGCGGCUCCCGAUGGCUUCAAUGACGCCGAGACGAAUGUCGAGGAGCACGGCCAAGGUUUGCAGAAAGUUCCACGGCUACGAAUCAAAGUGAAAAAGCCAAUCGUUCCGAUCCGACACCCCGGCCAUAUAGCAGGCAAGAAACAUACAUCGUUUAGGGAAUGGAUGGAUCAUGAGGAUGCGCCAAGUGUUUUAUCACAAUCUGAAGCUCUCGAAGAGGCUCGGAGACGCGAUGAAGUUUUGACAGCUGCAGAGCCCGGCGGACCGCUGAGCUCGGAAGUUUGCUCGGCAUAUAUCACAGAACAACAAGAGGAGCCUCCUCCCCAAUAUUCGCAUCAGGAUCAUCUCGUGGCGCAUGCUCUCUAUUUUCAGAAGCUCCUUGACAAGGAACACAAACGUCACCGGCAGAUGGCCAAACUAUUUGCGCAAUGGUGCGCAGAUGCCUACAGGAAACGCCACAAGAAUCCUGAAGAUAUACUUCGGGAGCAGCAGGAGGAAAUGCGCGGGAAACGCAAACAACUCGCCAAAGACCUUCAGAAGAUGUUCGAUCUGGCACGCGCUGAGAUUGACCGGACGCGCUUGGCACGGUGGGAAGAAGAGCGAAAAGUGGAAGAUCAACAGGCUCUAGAUCGCGCCAUCAAGAAGUCUACAAUGCUUUUUGAGAAACGUCGAUCUGAGAUCUUGGGCGAGGUUCCCAGCGACGCUCCCGCUUCGAGCGAAGACGAAGAUGCCGAGACAGAUUCUUCAUCCGGCUCGGGCGACGAAGACAAUGAAAGCAACAUGUCUACCUCGGAGUCUGAGGCUGACGACGAGACGAACGUAGAUGAUGAUGCCACAUUGACGGCAGAAGAGCUUCGGUUAAAGUACGCCAACCUGCCAGCUGAUGAAACUGCGAAUCAAAUAUCUGUGGUAUUAGGUGGCACAGAACCGACAAGAGAUAUCCAAAUGUCAUGUGUUGAGGAUGUCACGGAUGAAAUCGAUUCUCAGGCGGCACCGACAGAGCCGCAAAUCGACGAUCUUGAUUCGGUGCUUAUGGAAGAUAGCGAUCAGUCCACUGAUAUGGAUGAUGAUAUGGGCGACAGCGACGAAGAUCGAGACACCAGCGAUGCGGAAUCCGACGAGGCGAGUGGCGAUGGACCUGGUUUGCUCGGCUUUUUUUCUUCCAAGGACAUUGCCGCACCCGACGUUGAUGAGGACGAUGAAGCUGAAAUCUCUGAUUAUGGCCAAAGCAACGAGGCAAAAAAUCUUUCGGACGCUGAAGAUGAAAUUGAACCGGAGGAUGCAGAUGAGGUCUCUCUCGUUCCCAAUGGACCAACCAAUGAAGAGACCUCGGCCGAAGGCACACCUUUGCAUGUUGUCGAGGCUUCUGAAGAAUCUCCGGCUGUUGGUGAAGAUGCUUCUCUUGUCGAUACACCCAUGGAAGAUGGGUCUACCGAACCAGAUCGUGCUGAAGCCACUGCUCCAAUUGAUCAGCCCCAGCCUGUCGAGAUGGACCUUGCUUCUGCCAGCCGACCCAGUGGAGAAGUGUCGAGUGAAGCCUCCCCAGGAACUCUUGCGACCAAGCCAUCCGAGCCAGAAUCUGUCUCAUCAUAUGAACCUGGCAUCGAGAAUACCUUGCUGGCAAGCCACUCGCCUGCGCCUGGUCUGAAGACACCGAUUCCGCAUCUCCUACGAGGCACACUCCGUGAAUACCAGCACUACGGAUUAGACUGGCUUGCGGGUCUCUACAACAGCCAUAUUAACGGUAUCCUAGCCGAUGAGAUGGGUCUUGGCAAAACGAUCCAGACGAUUGCCCUCCUAGCUCACCUUGCCGUGGACCAUGGAGUCUGGGGCCCGCAUCUAGUGGUUGUUCCCACAAGCGUGAUGCUUAACUGGGAAAUGGAGUUCAAGAAAUGGUGCCCGGGCUUCAAAAUCAUGACCUACUAUGGCAACCAAGAAGAGCGGAAGCAGAAGCGCCGCGGCUGGAUGGACGACAAUGCAUGGAAUGUGUUGAUCACGUCUUAUCAACUGGUCCUGCAGGACCAAGGCUCCCUCAAACGACGGAAUUGGCACUACAUGAUUCUCGAUGAAGCACACAACAUCAAGAACUUCCGCUCGCAGAGGUGGCAAGCUCUUCUUACGUUCAGGACCCGAGCCAGACUCCUCUUGACCGGUACGCCGCUUCAAAACAACCUGACCGAAUUGUGGUCUCUACUUUUCUUCUUGAUGCCUUCCGACAGUGACGGAACAGGCGUUGAGGGAUUCGCCGAUCUAAGAGAUUUCUCUGAAUGGUUCCGACGUCCGGUGGAGCAAAUCUUAGAACAUGGAAGGGAGACGAUGGACGAAGAGGCCAAGCAAGUAGUGACCAAACUACACACCGUUCUUCGCCCCUACCUUCUGCGUCGACUCAAGGCCGACGUCGAGAAACAGAUGCCCGGGAAGUUUGAGCAUGUGGUUUACUGCAGACUUUCGAAGCGACAGCGGUACCUUUACGAUGGUUUCAUGUCGAUGGCUCAGACGAGGGAGACACUCGCAUCGGGAAACUUCCUUUCAAUCAUCCACUGCCUCAUGCAGCUCCGCAAGGUCUGCAACCACCCAGAUCUCUUUGAAACUCGACCCAUCUCCACCUCGUUUGCCAUGCCGCGGUCGGUAGUUGCAGACUUUAACCUCAAAGAAAAUCUCGUCCGGCGAAGGCUGCUCUAUGAUCACCCCCUCACCAAGAUUGAUUUCGACUUUCUCAACCUGGCGCCUGUGUCCCGAGAGGUUAUUUCUCGGCGGCUGGCCGAUGACAGCAUUCGACUGAUGGCUUUUGGUCCGUUCAAGACACUUCGGGAGCGCCAGUACAACCGAACCAACUGGCAGAUGGGAUUUGACGGUUCCAACAUGGAGACGAUCCUGGAAUCGUUGGAGAACGCCAGCCGAAAGAGGAGGAUGGCGGAAUUGGAGCGGUGUCUAUAUUUUGAAUCCAAACGGCACGGCCGCCGGCCUAUAUACGGUAGUAGCCUCAUCGAGUUUCUCACGGCCGGGACCAAGGAACACGCGUUGUCUAACGCACCGUUACGAAAGCGCUCGAUGGCCGAGUGGCUGUCGAGCCGGUCAUCGGUCCUCGCGUCGAUGAUCCUGACUGUUGAGGAGCGGUCCCGCGACAUGGAUGGUUACGUCCAGAGAUUUGCCUGCGUCACACCGGCCGUCGUCGCUGCAGGCAUGACAGAAGCCGCCCUGACCCCAGUUGAAACGCGGCUCUUGACCAAUACGCGGAAAGACCAGGCCUACGACCCCUUCCACGAAGCGCGGAUGCGCCUCUCCAUCGCGUUCCCGGAUAAGCGACUGUUACAGUACGACUGCGGAAAACUACAGCGCCUUGACCAGCUGCUCCGCGACCUCAAGGCCGGUGGACAUCGGGCCUUGAUCUUCACCCAGAUGACCAAGAUGCUCGAUAUCCUGGAACAGUUCCUCAACAUCCAUGGGCAUCGCUAUCUCCGAUUGGAUGGUACUACGAAGGUCGAGCAGCGACAGAUGCUAACGGAGCGGUUCAACAGCGACCCUCGGAUCCUGGCGUUCAUUCUGUCGAGUCGGUCCGGUGGGCUGGGAAUCAACCUCACGGGGGCCGACACUGUCAUCUUCUACGACCUCGACUGGAACCCGGCGAUGGACAAGCAGUGUCAAGACCGCUGCCACCGGAUCGGGCAAACCCGCGACGUCCACAUCUACCGGUUCGUGUCGGAAUACACGAUCGAAUCCAACAUUCUCCGCAAAGCCAAUCAAAAACGGAUGCUGGACGACGUGAUCAUCCAAGAGGGAGAGUUCACCACCGACUACUUCACCAAGCUGGAUGAGCAGGGUAUGAUGGAGAGCGACGAACGCGACGGACACGACGAAGCCAGUGCGGCCAUGGACCGCGUCCUGGGCAACCGGGUGGCGGGCGGGUCGCGGGUGUUUGAGCAGGCCGAGGACAAGGAGGACAUUGAUGCGGCCAAGAAUGCGCAAAAGGAGUUGGAGCACGCCGACGAUGGCGACUUCGAGGAUCGCGCAUCACAUGGGACACCGGCGCAGGUCGAGACUCGGGAUGAUGGACCGGGGAUCACACCGGACGAACCCAGCCACAUCGACGAGUAUCUGCUACGAUUCAUGGAGUGGAACAUGAGGGAUGAGCCUUUGGUGCUCCCACCGGAUAAGAGCAAGAAGAAGUCCAAAAAGGGCAAAGAGCACCAUCUGAAGCGGCGACGUUGA